UCACAACAGGCAUCAUUAGAGGAAACUGACUGGAAGCAGGGAAGCAGAUUCUCCAGAUCCUUGUUAAAAGUUUGCUGAGCGGAGAGCGAUGAACCCUGGAGCCCCCAGCAAGCCUUUCCUGGCUGUUCCCAUGCAGUACAGCAGCUCUCCUGGGUCAGAGUCUGCAGGAAAGGUUCAGCACACCGCUAUCAAGAUCCCUGCAGAGCCUCCAAGAGACCAUUUCGUCUGGUCGCUCUUCAACUUUUUCUAUGGAAACCUUUGCUGUCUUGGGUUGGUGGCUGUGGUUUUUUCUGUCAGGGCCAGAGAUUGGAAAGUGCUUGGAGAUCUGAAUCGUGCCCGAAGUUCUGCCUCUACUGCUCGCAAUCUCAACAUCACUGCCACGGUCCUGCUGAUUUUAGCAGUGGUUCUUUACAUAGCUACGUUCAUUGCUGCCAGAUAUCGACACUAACCAACAUUCACAUAUGAUCCGGCACUCCUGUAUAAGCUUGCCUAUAUAAAAUAUGCAAAGUCUUUCUAUACUCAGUUAAAAGAUAUUAUAGAAAUGUAAUAAAAAUGAACAUUGCCCUUUUUCUGCUUAAGAUGUUUUGCAUUAUUCAUUCUUCUGUAGAGGAGGUGCAUUCUACCCUUUAACUUUCUUUUUAAACCUUCCUCUCCUCAUGUGUCUAAGCAGCUAAAGUCUGAGACGAUUAGCAAACUACAGUAGCUCUGCACCAAGCUCAGCUAAGAAAGAAAGUUGGUAAAAGACUGGCCAGGAUAGAAACACCGUAGCCUCCAGGUAAAAGGUGCCCCUCAGCUGUGACGUAUAAAUGCAAAUGCAAAGAGUUUGUGCUCCUUUCCAAGUACGAUUAUCCUCAAAUGCUUUAUGACUUUUAACAAAUAAACCCAAAGAUUGAUCUUUCUCUGUGUUACUGAGUGAUAAUCUCUCCCUCUGUGAUAAGUAAACUAAUUCACAGCCAUGAAAAGAUGGUUUCUUAACUAAAAAGCAAUAAAGCU